UUAUUCAAGCAGGGAAAUCUAAGAUACGGAACUAACUGUACCUACAAGUUUCCUAAGUUAUUCAUAAAACUGCAGAUAGGGGCCAGUGUUGGGCCAUAUUAACUUUGAUACGUACGUCACUGUUACGACUGAUGCCAUUUUUGGUGAAGAAGUUGGCCUGUGUAAGAAUUCCCUAUUGCAGCUGACGAAAUAGGCUAUCUGGUCGUAAUCUUUUCCGUUAUCCCCAGGACGGGAGGCGCAGUUACUAUUGUGUAUUAUGUUAACAACUGAAACUCUGGAGCAACUUAAAACAGUUUAUAAAAGUAGGACAAGGCGCAAAAGUCACAAUUAGCUAUGCGGCGAUACUCACACACUGGCAAGAAACACAAAAGAUGCCUAUAAAUUGAAAUGAAAAUUAAGCGCGACCCCGUCACGCUUCGCGUUCCCGGCGGCGGAAGCGCUAACGCUCACGAGUUCCUCUGCACCACCGCUUCCUUCCUCAAACUUCUGCGAAUACUGGUCACGCGCGUCAAUCAUGAGUGAGACAACAUGGUGCACUUGGUCUCGCAGUGAUUUUCAGUUUUGCUGGUUACUGCAAUGAAUGGGAACACUAUACACCAAGGGACUACUGGUCCGCCUCACGGCUGGAAGGAGUUCUGCGAGUUGCAUGCCAUUACCACAGCCCGACAACUAGCUAAGCACUACCGGCGUUUUGCCAGUGAGCGGCCUCAGCAAGAUGUUCUGCCACCAGAUAGCUUUUCUAAGCAGUUUAAUGACUUGUUCCAGCAGUACUUCUGCAGUGAGCUGGCCAGGGAGGUCGUGGCUCAAGCUCCACCUCUGCCACCACCUGUGACAGGCUGUUGUCGGAUCACCUCGUUAUCAGGGGCUUUGGACUAUCGAGACGCUGGCUUGCUGGGGCCCCAGACCCUGCACACAGUGCUGGCUCCUAAGGUGGACACCAUGGCAACCGGCUCCUCACCAGCCUGGGAGCAGGAACAGUUGUUGCUUUGUUCGCCUGCUGACACUACACAUCAUAUCCGCAGGAGGAGCCCAGAGGAGAUACAAACUGAGCACCACACCACUGCUGAACGGUACACUGCCCCUGUGUACUCUUUACCAGGCUCUGCUGAUGCCACUCACUUCUCUGUCAGCCAGAUCCGUCAUGGUGUUUACCGCCUCUUCAAGAAACAGCCAGCAGAGCAGCCAGUUGGGCACAGAGAACUCAAGGACAGGACUAUGAUCCCCAGAACUGCUGAGGAAACAUCUGGGACACCAACUGCCAACCCAACUGUCACCCCUCCACCUACGUUGUCAGUACGGAACAGCUGGCUGGACCGCCUGACCAGCAAAUUUCGUGUCAGCAGGAAGCAGAGAUCAAAAACUCAGGGCAGCUGCAAAGAGGGCCACCUUAAGUACCUGGUGGUGGAUGACACUAUCUCUGACAGCCAGCUGCAGUGGCAGCGCUGCAGACUAUUGGUGCGAAGGGUGCAGGAGGCAGCGGGUGGGGAUGGCUACCAAUUGGAGCUCUUUGACCCACCAAAGUGCUCCAGCCCAAAGCUGAUGGCACGGUGCUCGGACAUCUCAGAGAUUCGUCGUUGUAAACGCCUGGAGAUGCCUGACAACAUGAACACGUUUGUUUUAAAGGUUAAUCACUAUCCAGGUAGUUUCAUAUUUGAGACAGACAGUGACCAGCAGGUUAGCUCCUGGACAACAGAGAUAAAAGAAUGUAUCAACAAUGGGUCUGACAGCACGGAUUUGGGGUUCCUCAGUCUUCCAUCUGGUGACACAACAGCUGCUGCCAGGAGGGGAAGCUCAGAAUCAGUGGGCCAGGGGUCUCCACAGUUUGUUCCAUCUGAUCAGACCUACCAAAAGACAGAUCAUUUUCUGUCCUCAUACCCCUGGUUCCAUGGGCCCAUCUCACGGGUCAAGGCUGCUUAUCUGGUGCAGACCCCUGGCCUGGAUGGCCACGGUGUCUUCCUUGUGCGCCAGAGUGAAACACGACGGGGUGACUACGUGCUCACCUUUAAUUUCCAAGGCAAGGCUAAGCACCUGCGUCUCUCGCUGACGGAGUGGGGCCAGUGCCGGGUGCAGCACUUGCGCUUCUCCUCUGUUGUGGAUAUGCUCAGCCACUUUCGCCUGUACCCCAUCCCACUGGAGUGUGGUGCUGCCUGUGACGUCACCCUCUCUAGCUUUGUGGUGGCUGGCUCUUCCUUACCAGGUCAGAGUUCUCCUGGCAGUGCCAUGUUGAUGCCCUUCUCUUUACAUCGCUGGAGCUCAGAGCCCAAUCUAAUGCACUGUGGGCCCUCCAGCUGGCUACGCUCACACCCUGUGAUCAGCAGUCCCCCUGGCUCAGCACUCCCUCCAGGGCAGCUUCUCCAGCAGAGCCUACUGAUCCAAGAACGGCCUACCGCAGACGGCCUGCACCGUAGCGAGUCAGUGGGCUGGCGCCCUCAGCAGCAACAUCCCAACCUUCAGCCCACCCUCCUGCCACAGCGCAACUCAGACUACGAUCUGGACCCCUCCAACAGGGGCUGCAAACGAGCCAUCGACAACCAGUACACGUUCCUGUAACAGCUGCUGAGUGAGAUUUAGUCACAUGCUGGAAGCAAAUAAUCAUUUGCAGACUUCAGGUCUUUCGUGAAUGUGACCCUUUUAACUUUCUGCAAUUUGUGAUGUUAUAUAAUUUUCAAAAGUAAUGUUGGCAAUGGCCUGCCUUGUGAAUAGCAAUGCAGUGUCUUCCUGACAUUGGAAAAUGACCUACUUCCCUGCCUUUCUGGGCCUUGAGAUGAAGUUGUCAUAUCUUUUUUCAAAAAAAUAAUACAAAACUGUCAAUGUUGGCUAAAUAUUUGUUUUUGUUUGUAACAAAUAAGACAAGAGCCUUUGUCAGUGGCCAGAAAGUCAGAGAGUGGUCUUGUGUGUUUGUCUCAUCUACUUUCCCAUUAGUCCCAAACAAGCAAACACAGCUCAGAGUACUUCCUGAGCUGUGUUCCAUUGGGUUUAAAUAAUAGCAUUUUUAAAUCCAUUUGGCUUUACACCACUAUAAAAUUACAUUCAUAAAUAUAAAAGACCUUCACAACAAGUCUUUAAACUGAUGUUUUAAAAUGAAACUCAUUCUCAGUUCAACCAUGGUGUACUUUUUUAAUAUAUGUAAAUUUAGAUGUGAUCCACAUGUUCAAGUAUUGAUAUGGAAAAUGAUAUAUGUAAAUGUUACAUGCCCCUAAAUACCUAAAGUAGGAAGGAAAACUGACACUGUUUUAUGAAAAACUGCCAAGCCCCUUCUAACACCAGUUAGAAGUUAAGCUAUUAUAUUAAAGAUGUAAAUUUUUAAGUAUGUUGUUGAAAUUUGAUUUUUUUUUUUUUUUUUUUUUUUUUUUUUUUUUUUUUUGUGCCUUCAUUAGUAACACAGCAAUUGCAUCUCACCUCUCCCUUUAAACACUAACAUUUCUUUUGUAACCCCAAAUCCUCCCUCCAGUCAGAGCUGUUCACCUAUGCAUGCAGAAUAUUUUGGUAAACUUUUUUCUUAUCAUAGUAGUAGGGUUUCCUGUUUUUAAGAAAUGCACAAAAGCAUAUUGAUUUCCUUUGACAUUAUGAGGAAAUUCAUCUGCUACAAAGUGGUAGAUGUUUAUUUUUUAUC